AUGCUGACGAUUCCCUUGCACGCCUAUGGCUUCGAUUUGAGGACCCGGCUGGUGUCCAACGACUCCUACCUCCACAAGGCGGUUACGUUGUUUGAUCAGCUGAAUCUGGACUGGUCACCUUCAGUGAACAUGGGUCGAUAUUGUGAGAUGGUGGGCGCUUCCCUUGCUGUGAUCCGGAGUCAAGAAGAGGAGGCGCUCAUAGAUGGCUACAUCUGCCGGAACAUAAUGGACGAGAUCUGGUACGGCGGCACAAACCUCCUCCUGGAAAGAACGUUUCUGGAUCCAAAGACCCAAGAGGUGCUGACCUACUUCAACUGGGCCCCUGGUCAGCCCGACAACUACGGAAGGGGCGAACACUGUCUAGACAUUUUCCGGGACGACGCGCAGAUGGAUCGUUCUUUAUGA